AUGUAUAUGCGCACUUCACAGCCACGCUCGCCCGCGCCAGCUCAAGGGACAGAAUUCUGUAUAUUUCGUAUUAUAGUCAUAAUCUUUAUUUGCGCAGCUUUGUUAGCAACUCCAAGAAUAUUAUUGGUCAAGUUAAUUCCAUCUUUGGAAACAACUGUAUUACCACCCGAAAACGCUUUGACACUUUCUGGAGACAAUUUUUUUGAUUAUGUACGUAAGAAGACAAAUGAUAUCAUUGUUGAUAUUUUGAAAGUACAAGAAAUUUGUUCAACUGCUACAUUACUACAUUGUGAUGAUCCAUUAUCAGUAUUAGAAUAUGAUUGUGAUGAAUUAGUUAAUAUUAAAAGACGUACUGUAUUUGUUCUGAAACCCAGUGGCCAUGCUAUUAAAAAUGGUGUUAAAGGUAGUAUAAAAUAUUUAAUUGAAAUGUUAAAAGAAAUGGAAAUAAAAUAUGUAAAAAAAUCAAAAAUUCAACAGAAAAAUACAGCAUCUACUUUGACGUCAUGGAAUUUGCCAAACUCAACCGAUCAAAAAACAACCAUGACACCACUGUUCGAUCCUCAGUUAUUCCCGCUCAGUCAUCCUAUUUCGACUGCAUCAACGUUAACUUGUGAACGAACCAAAGAUAAUAUACAAAUUAUGAUAGAAUCAUGGUAUAAGAAAAAUUCAGAUGAAAUUGAAUUAAUCCAUGAUUUAGGUUAUAAAGUAAUUGUAAAACAAGUUACAAACAAUUCAAGUGUCUUAUGUCAUAUUAAAUGUAAUUGCGGAGCUAAACUUGCAUUGGCAUUACGUGCAGAUAUCAACUCAUUUCAGUUGUCAUCGUAUUAUAAACGUAUUCGAGGAACAAAGUGUUCUAUGAUGUGUAAAAAGAAAAAAGGGAGAAACGAUCGACACAAAUGUCAACAACAACAAUCUUCAUAUACAUCGCUGUCGCCAUCACUGAUACCAACUAUCAAUAGCAGGAUAUCGUAA